AAGUCAGACAACAUGCUGCCAGCUGUUGUAAAGCUCUGCUGUGGAAUCUCAUACCCACAUCUGAGGAGUCUUACAGGACUUCAACGCACAGCCGUGGCAGUGAUAGGCCAGGAGCUCACACAGCGGCAGCGAUGGGGACAGUUCCACCAUCUCAUCACAAGCGGAUUGAAGCGUAACGAGCCCAAAUCGGAAGAUAUAAAUCCUGUGCCUAUGAAAGAAGACCAGCUGCUGUAUGUACAAAAAGGCCAAGAGGCAAUGAGGAAGGCUCUCCGUAUGUUAGAAGACACACAAGGAUGGAAGGUCGAGACAGAGAGCGAGGGCGAUGUGAUCUGCAGCAAAGUGACGCCCGGGGCCGGGAAGGUCUUCCGGCUGGAGGCGGUCCUGGACGCCAGUGUGGACGAGCUCUACGACAUCCUGUUUGUCAGAGUGGAGGAGAUGCACCAGUGGAACCCGAGCAUCCAGCGCAUCAAAGUUCUGAAGCACGUCGGACCCGAAACAAUUGUCACUCAUGAGGUUUCAGCGGAAACAGCGGGAAAUCUAAUUGGCCAAAGGGAUUUCCUGUGUGUCAGACACAGCUGCAAGCAAAAGUCCAGAGUUUAUCUUGGAGGGGCAGCCAUUCAGCUGGAGUCCUUCCCACCUCAGGCAGGCUUUGUGAGAGCCGAGGAUGGACCGACCUGCAUCGUCAUUCAGGCUCUGGGCGACGAUGUCGGAAAAAGCCGCUUCACGUGGCUUCUAAAUAUGGAUGUUAAGGGCUGGCUGCCAAAGUCUAUUGUCAAUCAGGCUUUACCCCGAGCCCAGCUGGACUUCACCAGACACCUCCGCACACGCCUCACAGCGGGCACCACCCCGGGCUGA